AUGGAUCAGUACGAGGUGCUGGAGCAGAUCGGUAAAGGAGCAUUUGGCUCUGCUCUUCUGGUCAGGCACAAGCUGGAGAGGAAGAAGUAUGUGUUGAAAAAGAUCCGUCUUGCGCGUCAGACAGACCGCACUCGCCGGUCUGCCCACCAGGAGAUGCAGCUCAUUGCUACAGUGAGGAAUCCAUUCAUUGUGGAAUACAAGGAUUCAUGGGUGGAUAAGGGUUGCUACGUCUGCAUUGUUAUAGGGUAUUGCGAGGGAGGAGACAUGGCUGAAGCUAUUAAAAGAGCUAAUGAUACCCACUUUUCUGAAGAGAAGCUUUGCCAGUGGUUAGUGCAGCUUCUCAUGGCCCUUGACUAUUUGCAUGCACAUCACAUUCUUCACCGUGAUGUGAAGUGCUCGAAUGUAUUUCUUACUAGGGAUCAAAAUAUAAGACUUGGUGACUUUGGGCUUGCAAAAAUUUUGACCGCUGAUGAUCUAGCAUCCUCGGUUGUAGGAACACCAACCUAUAUGUGCCCAGAACUUCUGGCUGAUAUACCUUAUGGUACCAAAUCUGACAUUUGGUCACUAGGAUGCUGCAUGUAUGAAAUGACUGCACUCAAACCUGCUUUUAAAGCUUUUGAUAUGCAAGCCCUUAUCAACAAGAUUACCAAGUCGAUAGUAUCACCUUUGCCAACAAGAUAUUCUGGUGCAUUUCGAGGACUUGUUAGGAGCAUGCUACGGAGAAGUCCAGAGCACAGACCAAGUGCAGCUGAACUACUUAAGCAUCCACAUCUACAACCGUACGUGCUGCAAGUGCAUUUGAAAUCACACCCUUCCCGCAGCAUAAUUCCUGUUCAUCAAUCUUCAAGUGAAAAGAGAAUGACAUUCACCACAGAGCCUGAUUGCAGAAGCAAGAGCAGGAGGAACUCUUUAGGCAGUGAAAGGAUAGUAACCUUUAGCACACCUUGUCCUGAUAAAAAUUCUAUCAGGUCUAUUAGGAGUAUAAAGGACUACACCACCACACAGAGUGUCAAAGAGCUAUCCAUUGAUGACAGCCAGGUUGAGGUUACUAGUAAACCCGUAGCAUCAAGGACCUCAAAUGUCGUGAAGACUCCGUGGAAGAUGAUGACAACUCUAAGGAAUCGGCUAGAAGCUCCACAAGCAUCAUAUGAUAGAACAAGUCAUACAGAGUUUUCAAGAACACCAGUUGACAACAGGCACAGCCAUCUGGCCCGCAGAGCAUCACUUCCCCUGCCAGUAUUUGAGACCCCGAACCCGAAGCGCAGCAGCAUGAGCAUCCUGGAGCAGCUGGAGUCCCCUGACGUCUCCGUGAACUCGCCUCUCAUCGACAGGAUCGCCGAGUUCCCGCUAGCUUCGUGGGAGGACCCCGUGUUCUCGAUCGUGAAGCCCUCGACACCCACCACCGGCGGCUCCUGCUCCUUCGCCACGCCUCCGUUCGUGGACCGGUCCCUCACCAAGGACAAGUGCACGGCCCAGACGCUCCGGUCGGCAGCCGCCGACGGUGACAACGGCAGGAGCGAUGACGGCGUCGGCGGUGACUCGUCUUCGGGUCGCGACACCACGGCGGCGUUGAGCCGCGGGUCCUCGGGGUGGUUGCUGCUGAGACAGCAGCCGAAGGGGCGGUUCGACACGACGUCGUACCAGCAGCGCGCGGAGGCGCUGGAGGGGCUGCUGGAGUUCAGCGCGCAGCUGCUGCAGCAGGAGCGGUACGAGGAGCUCGGGGUCCUGCUGAGGCCGUUCGGCCCCGACGAGAAGGGUGACCUCGCCGGAUUUGAUUCGAGGGAUCCCUGGGUGUUCUCCGGGAUUCAUCGCGAGAUGGCUGAUCAAGGAGAUAGUGAUUCUGAUGGAGUAAAGUCCACAUCAAUCGCUGAGUUGGAGUCUUCUAGAAAUGAUGAAUCUGAUUCUUUUGGUACUGGCAACGCUCCUACGGAUCUCUGUGUUUCGAUUGGCAGAUCAAAGAUGAAAUCAAAUUCAUGCCAUGAAUAUAGAAGCAAGGACAAGCAAGUACCAACGAUCAAUGAGCUUAUGGCUAUGAUCACUGAUGAUUUAGAAGGUGACAAGUUCAAGAAGGUAAUUUAUAUUGAGUUCCUAGAUGUAUCUGGAUUUUAUCUUCCAAAUUCGGUUCCACGUAUAAGUUUGUGGACUACUGAAAUUGUUACAAAGUUCACUGUUGGGACAAGCGUCCCAUACAAGGUCGAGGGUGAAGGCUCCUCGGUGAAUGCUAGCUGA